UUCUACCCAAAAAAAAGAAAGGGAAAAAAAUCUCAAAGAUAUCGAUUCCAAAACGUAAAAGAAAAAAGAUGUCUUGUUGGUCUGCUGAUUAUGCCACAAAAGCCUAUCUCCGCACCCUAAAGAUGGGAACAAGAGGUAAGGAGCCUGAUGUGGCCGAAUUCAUAUCUGCCCUUGCUGCUGGCAACAAUGCCAAACUCAUGGUGAUUGUAUGUGCUAGCAUUGCUGGAUCAACCACUCUAGCGUUAGUUGCAGCAGCUCAUCAAACAGGUGGCCAUGUUGUAUGCAUUUUGAGCAAGCUUGAUGAAUUGCAUGCUUCAAAGAAAGCUCUAGGCUCCUAUGCAAACAGGGUCGAGUUUGUCGUAGGAGAUGCAUGUACCCUUUUGUUAGAUGAUUAUAAAGAAGCAGACUUUGUGCUUCUUGAUUGUGAUAUCAGUGAUCAUAAGGGGGUGUUCUUAGCAGCACAAAAGGGUUUAAAGCAUGAGAAGAAGGCACUUAUAGUAGGGUACAAUGCUCUCCACAAGGGAUCUUAUUGGUGGUCUGAAUUGAAGACACAUUUUUUGCCCACUGGAGAGGGGCUUUUGGUGACUAGAAUGGUUACUAAUGGAGGCCAGAAAAGAAGCCGUUGGGUGGUUGCAGUAGAUAACUGUACUGGUGAGGAACAUGUUUUCAGGGUCACUAAUUCCCCACCAAGGAAACAAAUUGAAGCUUAAAACCUUGUUUAAUUCUCUGAAGAGUAAAGAGGAAAUAGCUAGUAGAUAACAAUUUUCUUUUUGUAGUUUUGUUGACAUCUAGUAAGAAGGAAGCUAAAGUUUUAUGAGGUUUCCUCUAUCAUCACAAAAUUUUUUUUAGUUUCUUUAGAACAAUGUAGAUGCAGUAAAUCAGAUUUAAACAUAGUAUAUUUCUCUAAUUACAUAAAGUCCUCUUCUGCCCUUGGCGGCUGCUUGACUUUCA